UUUCUGCAGCUGGAAGACUCUCGGUGGACUACGGGCUCAGUAGAGAGCGUGCGUCUCAGAGCGCGCAUUACGCGUCGUUCGGGUUUUCUCGCUGCGCCAAAAAAGAAAAAACAUCCACCAGGAGGACUUUCUUUCUUUCUUUCUUUCUUUCUUUUUCACCAUGAGCGCCGGACAGACGUACGAGAAGAAGAUCGCGAGCAUUUUGACCGACCUCCCCGGAUCUAUGAGCUGCCAUCCCAACUCCAAGGACUCCCCCACGCUGCCGGAGUCGUCUGUCACGGACAUGGGCUACUACAGCGGACAGGCGGCCCACGGCCACCACGAGUACUACCAGGGCCAGGCGUACGGCCAGCCCGUCAACUCCUACCACCACCAGUUCAAUCUGAACGGAAUGGGCGCCGCCGGAGCGUACGCCGCCAAAUCCGAAUACCCCUACACGAACAGCUACAGACAGUACGGACAUUACAACAGAGACCACCUGCAGGCCUCUCCUCCGGGCUCAGUCAAAGAAGAGCCAGAGCCCGAGGUCCGCAUGGUGAACGGAAAGCCAAAAAAGAUCCGCAAGCCGCGGACGAUCUACUCCAGCUACCAGCUCGCGGCGCUCCAAAGACGCUUCCAGAAGGCGCAGUACCUGGCUCUGCCCGAGCGAGCGGAGCUGGCGGCGCAGCUCGGCCUCACGCAGACGCAGGUCAAGAUCUGGUUCCAAAACCGGAGAUCCAAGUUUAAGAAGCUGUACAAAAACGGCGAGGUUCCCCUGGAGCACAGUCCCAACGCCAGCGACUCCAUGGCCUGCAACUCCCCGCCCUCCCCCGCGGUCUGGGACAGCGGCACCCCGCAGAGCACCCCGAUCAGCAGGCCUCAGGGCCCGCAGCCGACGCACAGCUCGUCGCCGCCUUACCUGGAGGAUUAUAACAGCCACUGGUACCAGCAGGGAUCCCACCUACAGCACCCGGGCACCGUGCACCACCCGGUCCCGCAACAGAGCGUGGGAGCCGUUUAUUAACACUGACUCAAGAGCGAAAGAUAAAUGCCCCUUUAGAGUUUUUUUCUUUUUCCCCCUGAAACGAGGUCUCCUCAGUGACUCUGCAGAGCAAAUGACUGGACCAGGAGAAGGCCUGACAAACCUUUUUUUUUUUUUUUGGAUGAUCCAUAUUGUUUCAGAACUGGCUCUUCAUUCAACAGCACACGAGGGAUUUCUGAUCACUUGUGGCAGCAUAUUUAAUGGACAUGUGGCGUGUUUUUUUUUAAAUUAUUUAUCGCUUCAGCUGUAUUUCUCACUUCUUUUGUAAAUGAAUAUGCAACUUUUUUUUUUUUUUUUAAACCAGAAGCCUAAACACAAACCGAAUAAUGACAAAACUGUGCGGAUGAUCCAUGCUACGUUCAAAUCGUGCAUGUGGGUUUGUAGAGAGCGCUCAAAACACUCAGGUCAUAUUUAUAAAGGAUUUGUACAAAGUGUGGAAGGCUGUAAAUAUGUCUAUACGCAAAACCACUAUCAUAUUGGAGCGACGGCACUUCUGUGCUUUCAAAAACACUUUUUUAUCCAUGUAAUUAGUCCAUUUGUUGCCUUCUGUCAAUCGAAUAAAGGUGUUAAUUACAAGUUUGGUGUGUAGCUCGGUCUUUCCUGCAGACGGAGGAGGAAUCGAGCAGUUUAUUUUACGCAUCAGUCAAUCAGAGCUCGUUACGCGAGCGGAGAGCAGAUCCUCAUCGGUCUGAGGUGGAAAUCCAUUCUGAUCCGCGCCUGACUCGGUUUCAGGAAGCGUUUGUUUGGACCAUAAAAA